AUGGAAGACUCAAGUACACCGGAGGACCCGGACCCAGGUUCUGACAGCCGGCCCAAGUACGAAGAUUUUUCUCACCACCAACAAGUUUACGGCCAUUGGCCCCCUGAAACAACCGUACCGCCAGAGACAACAACAACGUCUCAGAAUGUCCAAGACUGGCCCAGACCGACGACAACCCCCGCUGGUGCCGACAUUCCGUCCACCCCUCCAUCGGCCGCCUCGCCAGAUGCCGCUGUCGCCGCCGCUGUGAAGAAGGAAAAGGGCCGCGUGCGCUUCAACAGCACUGCCGGCGCCCACCUGCGACCGUCCAUAACGCCCAGCGUGCCGCAGACGGGACCCGAGAGACGCAGCGCCCCGGUGCCCCCGCGUCCAUCGGCCCUGCGCAACCACUCCUCGGGCUCCAUCCCGACGACCGACUACUUUGCGAGGGAGGCCGCCGCAGCCACAUCGGCGGCGGCGGCGGCGGCAGCGGCCAGCCACCAGGAAGCCAUCAACGACCUGAUAGAGGACUCGUCCGAGAAGCAAAUAUCAGCGGCCGCCGCCCAGGAGCGGGCCAAACAGGUGGCGGACAAGCUGCAGCGGGGGUCGCCCACGCCCUCGCGCAACUCGUUCGAGUCUCGCCCGGCCAGCGUCGACGGUGACUCAGAGCCACUCCCCUUUGGCGAUGGCAGCAUUCCUCUGCAAAACAUGGGCGGCCACGCGCGCUCCGAGUCGGGCGAGGACCACUGGCGCCUCCUACAACAACUCGACGAGCCGCACCCCCAGACGCAAAACGACGAAGCAUACGACCUCGUCCGCUCCCACACCAUGCGCAGGCAGGAAAAAACCCCCGACGACAUCACCGUGGUCGACCCCGAGGAGCAGGCAGCAGCGGCGGCGGCAGCGACGGCCAGCCACACCAUCGAGGUGCACGAUUGGAAUGCUGGCGGGUACGACGGCGUGGUGUCGGUGCCCACGCCCAAGCACUACCGCGGCGGCGUGCUCUCGCAGCUGCUCAAGCUCUACAAGCCCUCCGAGGCGGGCGGCCACACGCGCCGCCCCGGCACGCAGCAUCAGCGCAACAUUUCGGCCUCGUCGGCCGGCCACACGUCGGGCUCCGAGUCGGGUCACACGACGCCGAGCCGGCGCAAGUGGUACGAGCAGAACCGGUCGCAGGACACGCUCGCCAAUCUGAUCGAGGCCUCGGCGCGGCUCGCCAACCCGAACCUCGGCCACCACGGCGGCGGCGACGGCGGCGGCGCGGGGUCGAGCUCGGCGGCGUCGCCCAAGAAGAAGCGGCCCAAGGCCAAGCGCGGGGGGCCCAGCAGCACGUCGCUCUUCCAGCACCACCACCACCAAAAGGAGGAGGCGCGCAUCGCGGUGCACAUUGCCGGCAUCCUCGCGCGGCAGGGCUACAUCAUCAAGCUGUGCCGCGCGCUCAUGCUGUACGGCGCCCCGACGCACCGCCUCGAGGAGUACCUGAGCAUGUCGGCGCGCGUGCUCGAGAUUGAGGGCCAGUUCCUGUACCUGCCGGGCUGCAUGGUCGUGUCCUUUGACGACACGUCGACGCACACGACCGAGGUGCGCAUCGUCCGCACCGUCCAGGGCAUCGACCUCGGCAAGCUCAAGGACGUCCACCAGGUGUACAAGGAGGUCAUGCACGACGUCAUUGGCGUCGAGGAGGGCACGGAGCGCAUCGAGGCCAUUAUUGCCGCCCGCGAAAAGUUUCACCCCUGGACGCGCGUGCUCAUCUUUGGCCUGACGAGCGCCACCGCCGCGCCGUUCUCCUUCAAGGCGCGCUUCAUCGACCUGCCCCUCGCCUUUUGCUUUGGCUGUCUGGUCGGAGCGCUGCAGCUGAUUGUGGCCCCCAAGUCCAACAUGUACAGCAACGUCUUUGAAGUCAGCGCAACGGUCCUGGUCAGCUUCAUGGGCCGUGCCUUUGGUAGCAUCUCCAACAGCAAUCUCUUUUGUUUCUCUGCCAUUACACAGGGCGGCAUUGUCAUGUUGCUGCCCGGCUACUCCGUUUUGUGCUCUGCGCUCGAAUUGCAGGCCCGUGCCAUAGUGCCGGGAUCCAUCCGCAUUGUCUACGCCAUCAUCUACUCUCUGCUCCUCGGGUUUGGCAUCACCGUGGGUGCUUCGCUCUGGGGCAUCUUUGACAGGAAUGCCACCUCGGAGAUACAGUGCACAGAUCCCAUGAGCCCCUACGUCGCCUUCACGUUUGUGCCCCUGUUCAUCAUCUGCAUCAGCGUGCUCUACCAGGCCAAAUGGCGUCAGAUGCCCGUCAUGGUCAUCAUUGCCUUUUCCGGCUACAUUGUCAACUACUUUAGCAGCGUGCGCUUCGUUGCAAGCCCGCAGAUUGCAAACACGCUCGGCGCUCUCUGCGUCGGCGUACUUGCCAACCUCUACUCGCGCAUCCGGCACGGCGUCGCCGCAGCCACACUCAUCCCGGCCAUCUUCGUUCAGGUCCCGGGAGGAUUGGCGGCGACGGGCGGCCUGCUGAGCGGCCUGAGAACGGCCAACAUGCUCACCAACUCCAGCUCUACCGAGACACCAGGAGAUUCGACCCAUGCCAUGAGCACGGUUGUGUUUGAUGUGGCUGCCUCUAUGAUUCAGAUUGCUAUUGGCAUUGCGGUUGGCCUGUUUCUCAGUGCGCUCUUGAUCUACCCUCUCGGUAAGCGUCGGAGUGGUCUUUUCAGCUUCUAA